UCGGGUGCGCAGGCGCCUCUUUGACUUGGGGGCGGGGCGGGGCCGGAGGAGGAGGCGGCCUUAGAGCUGCUCGCGGCGGAGUCAGAGGAGCUCGGGAGGCUAAAGCUAUCGGGUCGUUCGACAGCAGGGAAGCCGGCCCUUUGGUGUGAGGCCGAUCAGGCGACCGACCGCACUCAUGACGUUCAAAAGGAGCCGCGGGGACCGAUUUUACAGCACCUGGUGCUGCGGCUGCUGCCAUGUUCGCACCGGCACCAUCAUUCUGGGGACCUGGUAUAUGGUGGUGAAUCUGCUGGUGGGAAUCUUGCUGACUGUGGAGGUGACUCACCCCAAUGCGGUGGCCACUGUCAACCUCCAGUAUGAAGUCAUCGGUAAUUACUAUUCUUCAGAAAGGAUGGCCGAAAACGCCUGCGUCCUCUUUGCCUUCUCCCUGCUCAUGUUCACGAUCAGCGCCAUGAUGGUCUAUGGAGCCGCUGCUCAUCGCGUGGGCUGGCUGAUUCCGUUCCUCUGCUACCGGCUUUUUGACUUCGUCCUCAGCUGCCUGGUUGCCAUCAGCUCACUCACUUAUUUGCCAAAAAUCAAAGAUUACCUGGAUCAGCUCCCCGCUUUCCCAUACAAGGACGACCUGCUUGCACUGGACUCCAGCUGCCUUCUCUUCCUGAUCCUUGUCUUCUUCACCUUGUUCAUCAUUUUUAAGGCUUAUCUCAUAAAUUGUGUCUGGAAUUGCUACAAAUACAUCAGCAACAGAAACCUGCCUGAGAUUGCAGUGUAUCCAGCCUUCGAGGCCCCUCCACAGUAUAUCCUGCCCACGUAUGAAAUGGCUGUGAAGAUGCCUGAAAAGGACCCACCCCCUCCUUAUGUCCCUGCCUGAGGGAAAGAACAAGAUUUUUCUUAAUAAACACUACACCAGCCUUUGGGGUUUGUUUGUUCUCUAAAAUGCUGAUCUAGAAAUGGGCCUUAGGAACCACACCUGCAGUUCAAAGUUGUUUGGUAUCAGCCUAUACACACUAAGUCAUUUUUUCUAAUUGCUUGAAUCUUUGUUAUUUUAAGAGUGUUAUGGGACACUUUUGGAGGGGGGCGGGGAGGGGGCGUUCAUUUGUAGAGUGGGCUUUUUGUUAUGUUGUGGUUGGAGUUUUUGGUUAAAGUGCAUUGAUUCCAUUGAAAUAGCUCUGGACGACAAUCCGGGCUAAGCCAGAGCCACCUGGCACUGUGGGGGGGUCUCUGGGCAUCGUCAUGGCCUUUGUGUUCUCUUGGAACCUGACUCAUCCUGUCUUCCAUCCUGUGUUGGCUUGGGCACCACCCGCCCUGAGACAUUUUCAGGAAGACAGAGGUUCACUUGCAAGGAGCACGAAGCUGGUCUUGGUUGGAGGACCCCAGAGUGCCCACAGCCAUGCCAGGGAUGGGCCCAUGGGAGGCUGCACGUCUCUCAUUUGUAUGUACCUCUGUCUCUCUUCCUCUCUGACAAGAUACAUUAAUAAACCUUUUCAAAAAAAUC